AUGUGUGGUAUAUUUGCUUCAUUCAGAAACCCUGAUGUUCAGGCUUACAAACCAAAAGCUUUACAAUUAUCCAAGAGAAUCAGACACCGUGGUCCAGAUUGGUCAGGUAACAUUGUUAAGAACUCUACUAUUCUAGUUCACGAAAGAUUGGCUAUUGUCGGAUUGGACUCUGGUGCCCAACCAAUCACUUCCGAAGAUGGUUCUUACACUUUGGCCGUCAAUGGUGAAAUUUACAACCAUAUCAUGUUGAGAGAAGAAUGUGCAAGCUAUCCAUUCAAGACUUUGUCUGACUGUGAACCUAUCAUUCCAUUAUACGAAAAGUACGAUAUCGAUGCUCCAAAACACUUGGAUGGUAUGUUCGCUUGGUGUUUGUACGAUUCUAAGAAGGAUCGUAUCAUCGCUGCCAGAGACCCAAUCGGUAUUACCACUCUUUACAUGGGUAGAUCCUCUGCUUCUCCAAAGUCUGUUUGGUUCUCCAGUGAACUGAAAUGUUUGACCGAUGACUGUGAUGAAAUCAUUGCUUUCCCACCAGGUCACGUAUACGACUCUGAAACUGACAAAUUGACCAGAUAUUUCACUCCUGACUGGUUGGACGAAUCCAGAAUUCCAACCACCCCAGUUGACUUUAAGGCUGUUAGAGAAAGUUUGGAAAAGGCUGUUAGAAAGAGAUUAAUGGCUGAAGUUCCUUACGGUGUUCUAUUGUCCGGUGGUUUGGAUUCCUCUUUGAUUGCUGCUAUUGCCGCAAGAGAAACAGAAAAAACUAAUGCCGAACUUGAUCCAGUUGUUUAUGACAGUGACCCACAUCAAUUGGCUGGGCUUGACGAACAAGGUCAUCUACAUGCUGCUGGCUGGUCUAGAUUGCACUCAUUCGCUGUUGGUUUGCCAAACGCUCCAGAUUUACAAGCUGCUCGUAAGGUGGCUACAUUCAUCGGUUCUAUCCAUCACGAACAUACUUUCACUUUACAGGAAGGUCUAGACGCUUUGGACGAUGUUAUCUACCACUUAGAAACUUACGAUGUCACUACUAUCCGUGCUUCCACCCCAAUGUUCUUGCUUUCUCGUAAGAUCAAGGCUCAAGGUGUUAAGAUGGUUUUGUCCGGUGAAGGUUCCGAUGAAAUCUUUGGUGGUUAUCUAUACUUCGCACAAGCUCCAUCAGCUGCUGAAUUCCACGUCGAAUCUGUCAAGAGAGUUAAGAACUUGCACUUGGCUGAUUGUUUGCGUGCUAACAAAUCUACCAUGGCUUGGGGUCUAGAAGCUCGUGUUCCAUUCUUGGACAGGGACUUCCUACAACUAUGUAUGAACAUUGAUCCAAACGACAAGAUGAUCAAACCAGCUGAAGGUAAGAUCGAAAAAUACAUUCUAAGAAAGGCAUUCGAUACCACGGAUGAACCAGAUUUGAAACCAUACUUACCAGAAGAAAUCUUGUGGAGACAAAAGGAACAAUUCUCCGACGGUGUCGGUUACUCUUGGAUUGAUGGUCUAAAGGAUGCAGCUGAAAGCACUAUCUCUGAUGAACAAUUCGCUCAACCAAAGGCUGAAUGGGGUGACGAUAUUCCAACUACCAAGGAAGCCUACUGGUACAGAUUGAAGUUCGAUGCUUUGUUCCCACAAAAGACCGCUGCUUCCACUGUCAUGAGAUGGAUUCCAAAGGCUGACUGGGGUUGUGCUGAAGAUCCUUCCGGUAGAUACGCCAAGAUCCACGAACAACACGUUGAUAAAAAAUAA